CGUGGCUGCAACAUUCCGCGUAUAUUGUAAUUUGUAGAAAAAUACUAAAAACCAAAAAACAGCAGCAGCAGCACAGCUGUUUUUCGCAGCAGUUAGCUUAUUGUCAACCAGAUUGAACAGCUGUCAACACAACAACUUUUGCCGCACAGGUAAAUAGCAAAAAACAAUGUCGCUAAUACGUCAAGUGCUAUGCCGCGCUACACCCACCAUGCAGUUGUAAGUGUAAUUGCAAAUUGCCACCCAAUUGCGAAAAUUCGAAAUUCCAAUUCGUAUUUUUUUUUUGCUAUGCAGCACUGCACGCUGGGCGUCUUCGCAGGACAUCGCACCCAUUGAUCUGGAUAAGGCGCUAGCCCGUCCCGAGGAUGUGGAGCAACGCAACAAGUUGAGCGGCAAGAUUACCGUGCCCGUGGCCGUCAAUCUCAGUCCAAUUUCGGGAGUGCCCGACGAGCAUGUGAAGGAGCGUCGCGUUCGCAUUCACAUUCCUCCAAAGAAUGCGAUGCAAAGCGGCACCGAUAACAUCAACACAUGGCAAAUCGAUUUCGAUAACCGUGAGCGCUGGGAGAAUCCCCUCAUGGGUUGGGCAUCCACCGGUGAUCCAUUGUCCAACAUGAAUGUGCAAUUUGGCUCCAAGGAGGAGGCCAUCACAUAUUGCGAACGCAAUGGCUGGCGUUAUUAUAUCGACGGCGAGGUGAAGCAGAAGAAGGAACGCGUUAAGAACUAUGGCGUCAACUUUGCCUGGAACAAACGCACUCGCGUCUCCACCAAGUAAAAUUUUGGAUAUUGAUGCGAUGGAGUAGCAAAAACAAUUACACGUUAUAAAAUACUUUAA